UCUUUUCAAAUGGAGAAUUCUAAGCCUGUUAGUACUCCUUUGGCAACACAUUUUAAACUUGAUGCUAGCACUCUUCCUAGUACUGAUGAAGAGAAGGAGUAUAUGAAUACGGUUCCUUAUUCUAGUGCUGUUGGAAGCUUAAUGUAUGCCAUGGUUUGUACAAGACCAGAUUUGGCUCAUGCUGUGAGUGUGGUUAGCAGAUUUAUGAGUAAUCCUGGAAAGGCUCACUGGGAGGCUGUGAAGUGGAUCAUGCGAUAUUUGAAAGGUACUAGUAAUAUCUGCUUAGUUUAUGGUUCUAAUGAUAUUGGGUCUGGUCUUAUUGGUUAUGCAGAUUCUGACUAUGGUGGAGAUCUCGUGAGGAGAAGAUCUUUGACAUGUUAUAUCUUCACUCUUUAUGGUUGUGCUGUAAGUUGGAAAGCAACACUUCAACCUACUGUUGCUUUGUCUACCACUGAAGCGGAAUACAUGUCCUUGACAGAAGGGGUUAAAGAAGGUAUAUGGUUGCAAGGUCUUAUUGAUAGCUUGGGUUUGAAUGUGCAGAGACGUAUACUUUAUUGUGAUAGUCAAAGUGCUUUGUGUUUGGCAAAAAAUCCAGUCUAUCAUGAAAGGUCAAAGCAUAUUGAUGUCAGAUUUAAUUUCAUACGAGAUGUAAUUGAAGAAAAAUUGUUCUCCAUAGAGAAGAUAGCUACGGUAGACAAUCCAGCAGAUAUGUUGACUAAACCUUUGUCUUUUGAAAAGUUUAAGCAUAGCUUGGACUGGUGAAUGUUCGCAUCGCUUGAGACCAUUCGGGGAGAAUAAGCAGGAGAGUUGUUCUUGGUUACUGGUGACUUGGGAAAAUUCAAGUCAAGACAUGUGCCGACAGAGAAAAUGAUUGAUGGAAGUGAAAACCUGACCCUUGAAAAUAUAAGACACUCUUUAAUUCAUCAAGAGGAUAGCAUAAUCUUUAGCCUUUUGAAGAGAGCAAAAUACUGUUACAAUGCAGAUGCAUAUAACCCAGAUGCCUUGUCAAUGGAUGGAUUUCAUGGCUCAUUGGUAGAAUACUUGAUCAGGGAAACUGAGAAGCUUCAUGCACAGAUGGGAAGGUACCGGUGCCCUGAUGAACAUCCUUUCUUUCCUGAUGGCCUACCUGAACCAAUGUUACCUCUGCAUUACCCUCAGGUAUUGCAUCCUGUUGCGGGUUCAAUUAAUAUAAAUGAUGAAGUGUGGAACGUGUACUUUAGAGAUCUUAUCCCAAGAUUAGUCAAGGAAGGAGAUGAUGGCAAUUGUGGAUCCACUUGUGUUAGUGAUAUAUUGUGCUUACAGGCUCUCUCAAAGAGAAUCCAUUAUGGAAAGUUCGUUGCAGAGGCAAAAUUUCAAGCCUCUCCUGAUGUAUAUAAAGCUGCCAUUUUAGCCCAGGACAAGGAUAGGUUGAUGGAUAUGCUAACAUUCAGAGAAGUUGAAGAGUCAAUCAAAAGAAGGGUAGAGGAAAAGGCCAAAACUUUUGGGCAAUAUGUGUCUAUAAAUACAAAGGUGCAUCAAGGUGAGCCAGUGUACAAAAUAGUUCCAAGUUUGGUUGCGGACUUGUAUGGUGAUUGGAUCAUGCCAUUGACAAAGAAAGUGCAAGUUGCAUAUUUAUUGAAGAGGUUGGACUGAAAACACUGAGUGCACUUGAUUAUGAUAGUGGCUGAGAACAAACAAAUCAUGCAUCCUUGUACUAAAUAAAUGUAUUCAACUUUGAAUCCAUUUAUCGUUAAUGUAUGCUCACUUACAUAUUUUGAUCAGA